AUGGCUACAAUCAAGGUUGAUCAAAUUAAUCUCCACAAUAGCAUUGCUGCCUCAAGCCUUAUGGCCAAAAGGUUGAAUGAUGGAGAACUAGAUAUUGCUCUUAUACAAGAGCCUUGGACCCGCAAGGGUAGAAUAAUGGGUCUCAAUGUUAAAGGUUUUAAUAUCUUUUAUGAUACCCGUUGUGACCUUCCCAGGACCUGCAUAGUGGCUAGGUCUAAUCUAAAUGCCCUUAAUCUUGUUAACUUUCUUAACAGGGAUUUAGUUGCUGUAAAGCUAAAAUUCUAUGACAAUAAGACAAUUUCUGAUUUUGUCAUAGCCUCAGCCUAUCUCCCAUAUGAGGAGAAGGAUCCAUUAGCUGUCAUUACUAGGGCCCUAAUUGUCCACUGUAGUUCAAGCUGUAGAUUCAUCUUCGGCUGUGAUGCAAAUGCUCACCACACAGUGUGGGGUAGCAGUAAUUGUAACCAGCGGGGGGAUGUACUUAUGGAACAUAUCUUAGUUUUUAAUUUAUAUGUCCUUAAUAAAUGCAAUGAACCUACCUUUGUUACUUGUAACAGAAGGGAAGUCAUUGACCUUACUUUAUGUAACUCUAGUUCAGUAGAUUACGUUAAUGAUUGGAAGGUAUCUGGGGCAGUUACUGCUUCAGAUCACCAACUAAUUACUUUUUCUAUUAAAGGCCUCUCGGGACUGAAGGUCGUAAGGAGGAACCCCAGAACAGCUGAUUGGGGUUCCUUUAGAGCAGCUCUAGAGCGGAAGAUUUGGAGCUUCUCUGGUAAGUACAAUAAUGUUAAUGAUGUGGAGUGGACGGUUGACCAAGUGCAACAGAUCAUACUCGAUUCACAUCAUAUUUCUUGUCAGGUUACGUCUACUAGCUCCCCAAGGCGAGUUCCUUGGUGGUCUUCUGAGCUUAGUAAAUUACGUAAAAAAUGUAGGAAGUUCUUUAACAGAGCAAAGAAAUCUGGAGAAUGGCAGUCCUACAGAAACGCUCUAACUGCUUAUAACAAAGCAAUCAGAGCAUCUACACGUUGCUCAUGGCAGACUUUCUGCGAUGGCAUUAACACUACUUCUGCCACCGCAAAGAUUGCAAAAAAUCUUACUAAAGACUUUAAUUGCAGUUUAAAUGCCAUCCGUCUUACAAACGGAAGAUACAGUGAAUCAGGGGAAGAGGCUCUUGGAGAAAUACUUGAAGCACACUUCCCUGGAUCUCAUCCUGUAGAGAAUGAAAACCUACAUAUUAUUACCACAACUACUUGUAGUAGGAAUGACUGGGAGGCCGCCAAAAUUGUGGUCUCCUAUGAGAAGGUUGUAUGGGCCAUAAAGUCUUUUAAGCCCUACAAGUCACCAGGCAUGGACAACAUCAAACCAAUGAUGCUUAUCCAGGGGGUGAAUACACUGGCCCCUAUUCACCCCCUGGGAGAAUUUUUCGAUCCUGUAUAG